CUCCCCACCUGCUCGGCUCCAAUCCCAGCCGGAGGGGCGGCGCCGCCAGCCGCUCAUUGGCGACCCCGCGUCGCUGACACGCCCCUGGCCCAAUGGAGGCGCCGGGGGGCUCGGGUUACCCGCGCCCUCUACUCCCCCCUGUGGUGACUCAUCGCUCAGGUUUAGGGGGGCUGGGGGCCCCCAAGUCCUCUCCACCAGGGGCACCUUGGGCCUGGAACUCCCACAUACACCAAAGCGAGGGUCCCCGGGACGUCCCCGGGCUCCACAGGCCGGCCCGGCCCAGCCCCGGCAACCCUGAACUUGCCCGUCUCCUCCCCAACGAGCUGCGGGAACAUCCAAGUUCUGGGUGGUCUCUGGGUGGUCAGAUGGCCGAGGAGGCUAGCGCAGGCCUGGUUAGCGGCGGGGAUCUCGGGUGCCCCUGGACUUGCUUGAAGGAGAGGGGCCGGGGCAGCCCUGCCCUGGGAGAAAGGGGGAGGCUAGGGGUCGAGUGGGACUUUAGAAGCAAGGCGAGGGGGCCCCUGGGUGGCAGAGGGGAGUGGCCCCGGCGCUCCCUGUGGGGUCUGGCCUGCCUGAUGGGGGAACCUCCCUGGCCCGGCCCCAUGAUGGAUUUUGCAGGCUGCCUUCGAGGAGCUGGCCCGGGAGACGCAGGCAGGAGGCAGCAGGGACUGGGGACCUCAGAGCUCUGGGGACUGGGGCAACGUCUGUCAUGGCAGAGGGUGAGCCAGACACACAGGUACAGUGCCUGCUCCUGGUGGAGGGGGGCUGGAUGCCCCAACAGGCUGCCCAACUUCCCAGAGCCUCCCUGGGGCUUGGCCAGACCACCCCCCACCCCACUCGAACCUGUCCAGGUCGCCUGGGAACCGAAGAGCCCUUCCAAGGCUCCCGCUGGGCGUUCCAGCCCUGACUCAUUCCCCCUGUGAGGCAUGUCCACCAUGUGGCCACUGUGGACCCUCGCGUCGCUACUGGCCCUGAGCCAGGCCCUGCCCUUUGAGCAAAAGGGCUUCUGGGACUUCACCCUGGACGACGGGCUGGCCCUGAUGAACGACGAGGACGCCUCGG